CCAGCUCUCCAGCUUUCACUAGAAAAGAGGUAAAAAAAAAGAAAAAAAGACAGAGCUUCAGAUUGUAUAAGAAGGAGAUGAGAGAACACUUGAAUCGAAGAGGAGGUUCCUGUCCAUUAAGGAGGACACUUGAAGAGGAGAAGACAGUCUCUUCUGAACAAACGAGUAAUUACACACAUAAGAGCUGUUUGAGAGAAAACCAUUUUUUAGAUAAAAACCAUGGGGGAUGUAGCAGGAGUACUUUGGCAAGUAGCUACCUGUUUGUUCAGCUGCGGUAAAGUCCACGCUGCCUAUGUUUAUAAGCUAGAGAAGAAUCUAGCAUCAUUACAAAAGAAGUGGGAUUAUCUUCUAAACAUUAGCACAGAUCGGCGAAGAAGAAUCGAUGAGGCUGAGGGCACUGGGGAGAUGCAAAGGACAGAUGAAGUGAAUGGUUGGCUGCAAGAAGUUCAAAAUCUUCAAAAGGUAAUGGAGGAAGUUCGAAACCAAGGUUCUCAAGAAACUCAUAAUAAAUGUCUAAGCGGUUGUUGCCCAAAGAAUUGUGUGUCAAGCUACAAGUUAGGAAAGAGAGUUGUCGACAUGCUUAGAGAGGUGGAUGGACUCUCGGAGAAACGUUUUGUUGAUAUUACGCACAAGCUACCCCCUAGGCUGGUGGAUGAGAUGCCUUCUGUAGAGACUACAGGCUUGGAUUUGAUGCUCAACAAAGUCUGGAAUGCUAUUGAAGAUGAAAAUGUAAACAUGAUUGGCUUAUAUGGAAUGGGUGGGGUUGGUAAAACCACCCUUAUGAAGAGAAUUCAAGGUGAAUUUGGAAAGAGACAACACAAAUUUGAUAUAGUGUUGUGGGCGGUGGUUUCUAGAGAUUGUGAUAUUGAUAAAAUUAUGGAUGCCAUUCGAAAGAGGUUAGGGAUCAAUGAUGAUAUUUGGGACAAACGUAGUCCAGAUGAAAGAGCGGGAAAGAUUUAUCGAGUCCUGAAACAAAAGAAAUUUGUGCUAAUAUUAGACGAUUUAUGGGGAGAGUUGGAACUAGAAAAGGUGGGAGUUCCACUUCUGAAGGAUACUAAUAGUCAUUCAAAAGUGUUGUUCACAACACGGAAUGAGGAUGUGUGUGCUAAAAUGCAAGCGGGGAAGAAAUUUGAAGUGGAAUGUUUAAGACCGCAAGAAGCAUUUGAAUUGUUUCGUAAAAUGGUAGGCGAGGAGACAUUAAGCAGUCACCAAGAUAUUCGAGAGUUAGCAUGGGAUAUAGCUAAAGAAUGCAAAGGAUUGCCACUAGCACUGGUUACAGUGGGACGUGCCAUGUCAGGAGUGAAAAGCGUUGCAGCAUGGAGUCAAGCCAAAGGUGAUUUAAGAAGCUCCUCUUUCAUACGUCUAAAGUUGGAAGAGGAUGUGUUUCGUAUCCUCAAGUUUAGCUAUGACAGACUCCCAGAUGAAACACACAAGAGUUGCUUCCUAUAUUGUGCACUAUACCCAGAAGAUUAUGAAGUUGAAAUUACAAAUCUAAUUGAUCGAUGGAUCGGAGAGGGAUUUUUGGGUAAAGGUAGGAUGAAGAAGAGUAUAUAUGAUAUGUAUGAGGAAGGGGAAUCUAUCAUUGAAAAAUUAAAGCUUUCAUGUCUCUUAGAGGGCGUUGAAGAUUAUGGUAAUUGGAGGUUUGCAAUUAAGAUGCAUGAUGUGAUCAGAGAUAUGGCACUAUGGUUAGCCCGUGAUGAAGUUGUAGUUGAAGGGGAGGCAUUAGGCAUGUCAGAAAUGGAUUUUGAAAGGUUGAAUAAUGUGGAAAGGAUUUCAGUUAUAAAUGCGAGUGGAAGUUGGCGAGUACCAGCUUGUCCAAAUCUCUUAACCCUAUGUGUACAGGGGGAUAAUGUGAAUAUCACUGACUAUUCAAAUCUGAAAUCCAUGCCAAAGUUGAAAGUCUUAGACCUAUCAGGCAGUUAUAUUGUAUAUCCACUCACAGAAAUAGAAAAAUUAAUGAGCUUGGAAUACCUUAAUCUGUCAAAUACAGGAAUGCCAAAGGGAUUGCAAAUUGAUUGGAAAAAGUUGAGGGUAUUUCUUAUGGAAGAAGUUAAUUGUAACACCAUUUCUUUAGGAGAGAUUGAAAGUCUUGAGCAGUUGAAGGUGCUUAGAUUAACUUCCUAUUUUGGAUUAACAAGUGCGGAAGAGGAGAAAGCACUACUAGAGAAGUUGGAGUGCUUACCAAAAUUGGAAGAACUGUGCAUCCAAUUAACAACCACCCCAGGCCUCCUUAAGUUACUUGAGUCGAACAAAUUGAGGGAUUGCUUGAGACGUUUUGUGCUUGUCGGAAUCAUCACGUCACUUGAGGGAAGCCGAAGGUGACAGAGACAACUCUCAUGAUAUAUUCCCAAAUCUUAAAAGUCUCCUCCUUAUAAAUUUGGGAAAGCUGAAGAGCAUUUAUAAGAGAGCAUUGGCUUUUCCUUCCCUUAAAUUCAUUUAUAUUCAUGGUUGCCCAAAUCUGAGGAAGCUUCCUUUGAAUUCCAACUCUGCCAUAGACAGCUUGAUUGCAAUCGAAGGAGAAUCCGAUGAGUGGUGGAACAAUUUAGAGUGGGAAGAUGUAGCCGUUAAAAACUCACUCGAAUCCAAAUUUCAAUUGAGGAAGUACUGGUGACUCUACAAUUGUUGGCGUCAAUGGCUGUGCAAGCAUUGCAUUUGAGAGUGGCAUAAAUACAUCAAAAGCUUAUUGCCAAGUGUUUCUUUCAUACCACUCUUUGAGGGUUUGAUUACUAAAUCUUUCUUUUUACAAAAUUUAGGAAGAUGGGCUUCAUAGUUAUGGGUUAAUGCUUUUGUGUGCCAGUUUGGAUUGAAUUGAAUUCAUGUAUUUCUACUUUUAUGAUGAAAAUAUUGAUCAUA